CUCAUGAGGGUGCCACAUGUGACCUGCUGGGCAAGAUCUACCUCAAUGGGGAGAGCUUCCAGCCCACCUGCAAGCUGCAGUGCAUCUGCAUGGACGGGGCCAUCGGCUGCAUCCCACUCUGCUCCGACGACCUGCGGCUGCCGUCGCCCGACUGCCCCAACCCACGGAGGGUGAAGUUCCGCAACAAGUGCUGUGAGGAGUGGGUGUGUGAGGGAGGCAGUGAGGAGAACCACCUAGGAACAGCCAUGGCAGUUUUCAGGGAGGAUCCAGCUCACAAGCCAGAGCUGAACAACCUGCAGGAGAACUGCCUGGUGCAGACCACGGAGUGGAGCGCGUGCUCCAGGAGCUGUGGAAUGGGCAUCUCCACCCGCGUGACCAACGACAACCCCCAGUGCCGCCUGGAAAAGGAGACUCGGCUCUGCAUGGUCCGGCCCUGCGACUUCCCCAUGGAGAAAACCAAGAAGGGGAAGAAGUGUGUGAGGACCCCAAAGCCACGGCAGAGCCUCCACUUUGAGUUUUCAGGCUGCACCAGCUCACGCUCCUACCGGCCCAGGUUCUGCGGGAGCUGCUCGGACGGGCGCUGCUGCACCCCGUACCUGACCACCACCGCCGACGUGGAGUUCCGCUGCCCCGAGGGAGACUUCUUCCACAGGAAAAUGAUGUUCAUCAAGAUGUGCUCCUGCCACUACGACUGCCCCCGAGACAAUGACAUCUUCCUGGCCACGUACCACAGGAGGAUGAUUGGAGACCACGUCAAGACCGAGCGGCAGUAG